AUGUUCUCAACGGCAAGCUCUAUGUUUCCUUGAACCAAGUCACUAAAUCCCUCUUCCGACAACUUCUCCUCUCCUACAAUAAUGGGACUUCUCCCAUCACUUGUGUUAUUACAGAUGUCAUUCUUCGUUUUCCAAUGGAUAUAGCUCAAGAAUUGGGUAUCCCUGUAUUUUGUUUCUCUACUUUCAGCGCCCGUUUCUUGUUUCUUUUCUUCUCCAUUCCCAAGCUUCUUGAAGACGGCCAAAUUCCAUACCCAGUGGGAAAUUCAAACCAACUCCUCCGUGGAAUUCCUGGUGGAGAAGGGCUUUUAAGAUGUAAAGAUUUGCCAGGAAUUUGGUCAGUCGAAGAUGUAGCAAAACAGGACCCGAUGAACUUAGUGAACCAAAUCUUGGCCACAUCUAAAUCCUGUGGUGUAAUUCUCAACACCUUUGACAAACUCGAAGGUGAAUUUGUGACGAAUCUUUCCAAGAUAUAUAACAAAGUUUACACAAUUGGACCAAUUCACUCUCUGUUGAAGAACUCAGCCCAGUCCCAAUUUGAAUUUUGGAAAGAAGAUCACAGUUGCUUGGCGUGGUUUGACUCACAGGCUCCAAGAUCCGUGGUGUUUGUCAGCUUCGGAAGCUUGGUGAAGCGAACAAGCUCCCAAUUGAAGGAGUUAUGGAAUGGGUUAGUGAACGGCGGAAAGGCAUUUGUGUUAGUGUUGAGCUCAGAUGUGUUAAUUGAAGAGGCAGGGGAAGACUAUGAGUUGGUUAUUAGAGAAAUUAUGGAUAGGAAGGAAAAGGGAAGAUGGGUGAUUGUGAAUUGGGCUCCGCAAGAAGAGGUUUUGAGCCACGAAGCCAUUGGUGGGUUCUUGACUCAUUCAGGAUGGAACUCUACAAUGGAGAGCCUGGCUGCUGGGGUUCCUAUGAUCUGUUGGCCGCAAAUUGGAGACCAACCCAGUAAUGCAACCUGGUUUACUAAGGUCUGGAAAAUUGGGGUUCAAAUGGAGGAUUCAUUUGACCGCUCUACUGUGGAGACCAUGGUCAGGUCUAUAAUGGAACAUCAAGAUCAGAAAAUGGAGAAUGUCAUUGCAGAGUUAGCAAAACUAGCCAACGAUAGUGUUGGUGAAGAUGGGUCAUCCUAUCGAAAUUUACAAUGUUUGAUUGAAGAUAUUAAAAAAAUUGAAGUAAAUUAAAAAUAAAAACCCCAACCAUUAGAAAAAAAUAAAAAUAAAAACUCUAUCCUUCGAUAUAUAUAUAUAUAUUUUUUUGUUGUGUGAUUGGCUAGCUAUCAUUUUGUAGUUUGAAUUUUGUCCAUGUUAGUUAUGUAUUUCAAAAGUUGAAUCUUCUAAGUUAAUUAUAUUGGGGUUGAUGUCAUAAAGUCUCAUGUUC